UUUCAACUUCUUGAUUUUUUCAACUUUCCAGAUCUGAUCAGAAUAGAUGAAUAAUAUCUAGAUUCCUAUCUGGGUUUUUUUCAACAUAAAUCAAAUAAGAAAACCCAUCAAACGGAUUUGAAUUUGGUUGAGGAAAGUUGUGCGUUUUGGAUUACUAGUUGUACGUGUACAAUAUGGGUGUCCAAGAAAAUGGGAGUGGUGACAUGGGUAUCUCUGGGGUUCCACUUGGAUCCAAAAAUAAAUAUAGAAGAAUGGAUUCUGGGGUCGAUGAUUAUAGCGAUGAUGAUUUGGAAGUUGUACCGUACAAGCAGACACAGCAGGAAAGAAGCACAAGUACAAGAAAAUAUGUUUUUGCUUGUGCUGUUUUUGCAUCUCUCAACAAUGUCCUUCUUGGCUACGAUGUUGGUGUUAUGAGUGGAGCAAUCAUAUUUAUUCAAGAAGAUCUUAAGAUCACAGAGUUUCAAGAAGAAAUUCUUGUGGGAAUUUUGAGUGUCAUCUCUCUAUUGGGCAGUCUAGGCGGUGGUCGUGCCUCAGAUGCUCUUGGCCGGAAAUGGACAAUGGGAAUAGCUGCAGUUAUCUUUCAGAUUGGUGCACUUAUAAUGACCUUAGCUCCUACCUUCCAAGUUCUAAUGAUCGGUCGUCUCCUUGCUGGAAUUGGAAUCGGUUUUGGUGUCAUGAUCGCUCCGGUUUACAUAGCUGAGAUUUCACCAACAAUCUCCAGAGGCUCUUUUACCUCCUUCCCUGAAAUAUUUAUAAAUUUCGGGAUUCUAUUGGGGUAUGUCUCGAAUUAUGCAUUUUCAGGCCUUCCUGCACACAUAAACUGGAGAAUAAUGCUCGCAGUAGGGAUCCUACCAUCGGUUUUUAUAGCAUUUGCGUUAUUCAUUAUCCCGGAAUCUCCUAGAUGGCUAGUGAUGCAAAACCGAAUUGAUGAGGCGAGAUCGGUUCUGCUGAAAACAAUUGAUAUUGAAGCUGAGGUUGAGGAGAGACUAUCAGAAAUCCUCAAGGCAGCUGGAACCGGAAUUGGAGCUGGAGAGAACCCAGAAGAGAAAGCUGUUUGGAGGGAAUUGCUGAGUCCAUCUCCUACUUUAAGGAGAAUGCUGAUCACCGGAUUCGGAAUUCAGUGUUUCCAACAGAUCACAGGAAUCGACGCGACGGUAUACUACAGUCCGGAGAUUCUUCAAACUGCAGGAAUUCAACAAAAGUCAAGACUCUUAGCAGCAACAGUGGCUGUAGGAGUCGCAAAAACUCUAUUCAUUUUAGUCGCAAUAUUACUUAUCGAUAAAGUUGGGAGAAAACCGUUGCUAUACGUGAGCACAAUUGGAAUGACCAUUUGUUUAGGCGGUUUAGCAAUCAGUCUUUCUUUGUUCAGAGGAACUACUCUCGGUGUGGCAUUGGCCAUUCUAUCUGUGUGUGGGAACGUAUCUUUCUUUUCAAUUGGAAUCGGGCCAGUUUGCUGGGUUAUAACGUCAGAAAUCUUUCCAUUAAGACUUCGAGCCCAAGCAUCCGCAUUAGGGGCGGUAGGAAAUAGAGUAUGUAGUGGUGUCGUGGCAAUGUCUUUCCUAUCGGUUUCUCGUACCAUUUCAAUGGCAGGGACAUUUUUCAUAUUCACUGUGAUUUCAUUUUUGUCUGUUGGUUUUGUUUACAAACUGGUACCCGAGACAAAAGGGAAGUCUCUGGAGCAGAUUGAGUUGUUGUUUCAGAAGGAUCGAAAUUGGCAAGAAGAGGAAGUCGAGCUAUCGGAUACCCAGCAGCUGGUGCAGCAGAAAAGCGAUCCUAUGGCCAUUUGAGAAACAUUUAGUCGUAAUGACAUAUACUAUAGGAAGCUGUACAUUGAUGGUCAUAUUUUUUUUGUCUUGGAGAAGGCAUGGCAUUGUGUUAUUGAUUUUGUAUUAUUAUCACAAAAAUACUUUGAUAAAGAGAAUACAUCGACACAUGCAUGUAGAAGACAGUAGGCAUAUUCUGUUACUUAUAGAGAUUUAAAUAUCUUUUGGGCUAUUAUAUCUUUUUGGUUUAA